AACACAUGAGGUUGAGGCGGAGAGGGAGGCGGACGGUAGUGGCGAACUGGAAAUCCAUGCGCCCUGUUGGUGUCAUGCUGAUGCGUCGCGGUUUAGUACUGCUACUACUCUACUCUGUCAGUUGACCUCAACCCGCCAGCCUGCACGCUGCUUCUCCUUUCUUUUUCUCUCUCUCAUCUUCCCUCCCAUUUUUACCGUUUUUACACUCUACCGCGCCAUUUCUUUGACCGCCGCCCAGCCCGUUUCUCUUUCGCCCCCCCCCCCCUACUUGCUGAUCUAGCCAUUAAUGCCACACCUGCUGCAUCCACCACUUUCCUCUCCUUUUUACUCCCAUCUCUCUCUCUCUCUCUCUCUCUGAACGCUCGCAUACCUCGAUGAAGUGUGCGAUUUGGUCUGAAUGAGACUUGGUUCUCGGUUUUCUGUUCUUAUUGUUCCAGGUUCUUUGCUUGAGCGAUGAGUGGAAGGAGGCCCUAUUCCUAUUGCAGAAAGAGGGAGAAAACUUCAUCGACACCUGUUGCUGAUGCGCGUUAGGGGAUCUGUGCUGAUAAUAUACACCUGAAUCUCACAAGGUUGACCGAAUCGACUGCUGAGCCUGACAGCACCAUGGGUUCCGGUGAUUUGAGCUCAGAAAUGAAGAGGACGGUUCUUGGCCUGACACUCUGGGUCUGGAUCGCAAUCGGUGUGGUCGCCCUUCUUGUCGCCAUCCUGCUGAUGAUAUGCAUUUGGGUGGCGUCACGCCGGAGGACAAAGAGAACCAUGGACAAUUUGAGGCAGACACAGAUCCCCAUCUACUCCAAGGAGAUCCCUGUCGACCGGGUUGGCGGGCGCAGCCUUGCGCAGACAAUGCAUGAGCGUGAGCAGCCUAGCUUCCCGUCGCAGGAUAAGUACGCGAACCGGGAGCUGGGGACGACGCUGGGGAAUUUGGCACUGAGCAAGUCCUCGGAUCACGAUAACAUGAGCCAGGGGAGCUCUGUUUGCAAUGUCGAUCGUGCUGGCAGCGUGCACUCUGGUGAAGAUGGGAGCUCAGGGCCUCGGAGGAAACCAAACUCUCCUGCUGCAUUCGUGUCAGCGUCGCCCCUGGUUGGCCUUCCUGAGUUCUCUCAUCUCGGUUGGGGACACUGGUUUACUCUACGUGAUCUUGAGCUUGCUACCAACCGUUUCUCAAAGGAGAAUGUGCUUGGAGAGGGUGGCUAUGGAGUUGUGUACCGUGGGUGUCUAGUGAAUGGAACUGAAGUUGCUAUCAAGAAGAUCUUUAACAACAUGGGGCAAGCAGAGAAGGAAUUCAGAGUGGAGGUUGAGGCUAUUGGCCAUGUCCGACACAAGAAUCUAGUUCGGUUGUUGGGAUACUGUGUUGAGGGGGUAAACAGGAUGCUUGUGUAUGAGUUUGUGAACAAUGGUAACUUAGAGCAGUGGCUUCAUGGAGCUAUGCGUCAGCGUGGUGUUUUUAGCUGGGAAAAUCGCAUGAAGGUUGUAAUAGGCACUGCAAAAGCACUUGCUUACCUUCAUGAAGCUAUAGAACCAAAAGUUGUACACCGAGACAUAAAAUCAAGCAACAUAUUGAUUGAUGAUGAAUUUAACGGCAAGGUCUCUGACUUCGGAUUGGCUAAGAUGUUGGGAUCAGAUAAAAGCCACAUUACUACUAGAGUGAUGGGAACAUUUGGAUAUGUUGCACCUGAAUAUGCUAAUACUGGGAUGUUAAAUGAAAAGAGCGACGUUUAUAGUUUCGGUGUCCUCUUAUUAGAAACUGUGACAGGAAGGGAUCCUGUUGACUACAGCCGAUCUGCCAAUGAGGUCAAUCUUGUUGAGUGGCUCAAAGUGAUGGUGGCCGGUAGGAGAGCAGAGGAAGUGGCUGAUCCAAGCUUAGAGGUUAGACCAAGUAUCAGGGCUCUUAAGCGGGCUCUUUUGGUGGCACUAAGGUGUGUCGAUCCAGACUCUGAAAAGAGGCCUAAGAUGGGCCAGGUUGUUAGGAUGCUUGAGUCCGAAGAAGUUCCAUUCCGGGAGGAUCGGAGAAACCGAAGGAGUCGCACGGGAAGCAUGGAUAUCGAGUCUAUUGCGGAGGGUUCGAAUUCGGCCGAGUUUGGAAAGAAGGUAGAAAGGACUGGCAGCUCGACAUCGGACCGAUCUCAACCCUGAGGCCUACAGAUGUAUGCUAUGCCAUGAACAGUCUGAGAAAUGAUAAUCACCAAGGUGAUUGCUGCCCUGAUAGGAGGUGUUGGUAGGUAAUGGAGGCAAGACAAGCCCAUAUAUCGGUACCUAAAUUUUAGGUCUAGUAUCAGAUCGAGUAGAAGCAUUCUUGGAUGAAGAAUCUCCUGGUCUCUUGUUAUUUGUAUAGGUUUUAUGUUAGUGCCUGGGAAUUCCUUGGGUCGAGUGUUUGACAAUUGGUCGAUUCUUUUGGUUCUUGCAUUGCUACCCUCUUAAUUAUGGUUCCUGUCUCUCUGUUUCUGCAA